AAGUUAAAGCAUUUGCUAAAGCAUACAUCAACGUUAAGAAACAGACAUUAUUGGAAGAACAUGGAUUGUGAUUUGUUAAAACCACCGGGCGAAGUAAGAGUUUCAACUAUAUACAAUAAUGGGUCGUAGGUCUAAACAAAAAACUAGCGGUGGUAAUAAACCAGGAGCUAAUUCUACAAUUGCUAUCAACAAAUCUAAAAAAAAUAAAAAUCUGUUUAAAGUAGCCGAUUCUAAGCAGAAAAAGAAACCCAAAGAAGUCCAGGGAAAACUUAAAAAGCUUAAAGAGGCAGUCACCAAAAAACAGGAAAAAGUCGAUGCCAAUCUACGUGAUUUACACAAGGAUUUAGUUGUUAAGAAACCUCAAGCCUCUACAUCGAAACCUUUAAAGCCCACCAAAAAGCCUGCUCCUAAUACUAAAAACCUUUCGGAUAAGUUAGGAAAUUUCAAAUUCUGAACACAAGAAAACAGUUUUUGCAAUAUUUUAACAGUUUUCUUUUU